AUGUAUUCGUCGCCGAGUUAUAAGAAUUAUGUGUCAGAAAGCAGUUCCAGUUUUUAUCAUAAGAUUUUGAGAGAUGAUGAUGACAUCCCGACCCGACUGCCCAUCACUGGUCUCAAGAAUACCGACUAUUCCGGUAGAAGUACAUCGAAGUACUUGUUCGGUAACCCGUCCACCAAAUUCACCACCGAUGACUACUCAUCCAGUUAUGACAAAUACGACACUUCAAACAAAUACGACUCCUAUUCCUCCAGUUAUGAUAAGAUUAAUACCUAUGAUAGCAAUGCUUACGAUAAAUACGACAAAUCUUACACUUCUUCUUAUGAUAAAUAUUACGACAAAACUUAUGACAAAUAUUACGAAAACGACGACAAAUGUUAUGAAAAAGAUGACAAAUAUUACGAAAAAGACGACAAAUUUUACGAGAAAUACGACAUGUCUUACGAUAAAUCUUCAUCUGAUGACAAAAUACUGCAACACAGCAACAGUUACUUCAAUAUAAAGGACUCGCAGUACUUGAGUCCGGACAAGAGGGUGUACGGCUCACCGCCCCCUCUCUCCAAAUCCGGGUCCGGAAAGAGAGUUCAUUACGACUUGAAUAGCAGCGGAUCCGUGAGCUCGAGCGGCGCAAGAAGUGACACCCCAUUCGACACCUACACCUCGUCAUAUGGCCGAUCGUAUACACCCGACCCUAACGUGUGUCCCGUCCAUCCCUACCGAAGUCAACCGCCAUUAAUAUUACACGAGUCAGUCGGCGCUCCUUUUCGUCAUCUCCACGGCCCCAACUCGUCCUACCGGAGCGCUCUAUCGGAAAGCUCGGACUUCAGUGGACGGAAACCCCACUUCGUGCCGAUCACCCGACUCGAUGACGCCCAGGCCAUCCGAGCCGCAGAGUUCCACCCCAAUGGACAGCUCUAUGCCAUCGGAUCCAACUCCAAGACACUGAGACUCUGUGGUUAUCCGAAGUCACAUGAGUUGCGGACUUUGAGCCUGGCGUGGAAUACAACGGGAGAUCUGUUGGCCACCGGUUCUAACGACAAGAGCAUCAAAAUGAUGAGAUAUAAUGCGAUAGCCAAAUGAAUGGG